UUGAUGGUUGUGGGUGAAAAGAAACAGCGUGAAAAGAGAUCAACAGCCAAUGACGUCAUCAGUUGGUUUUAAUAAUGUUGUUAUCAGAUAAUGGCAAAAUAUUAGCCUUUUGCGAAAUAGAUCACGACAAGGCAGCAAAGAUUGCCGGGUUAAGGUUAUAAGCAGAAAUCAAUGGCGAUUAUUGCUCUUGCAAAUAUGGUUAGACACAGCAAACAAUAGAGUUGACGAUAGCCAAACAACGAGGUAGGGUUGCAUUCGUAAUUCGAAAACCAACAUUUGCUGAAGCCAUCCUUUGAAGAGCAUAGUAUUCGCCUAUUUGACGAAUACAUUCCAAAGUUUCUGUGUUCCGUAGCCAAUGGCGAUGGUCAUAUUGAACCUGAAACACGACACCAGAAAUCCCAAGUUGCUUGUUCACAACAUCAUUUCUAACGAAGCGAUUUUUGUCAGAGGCAAUUAAAUCGGAGUGUUAAAACAACCCUACACAAAAGCAGGUAUCGCUAAAGGUUAUUGGAUUCAGUUCUGCUGCCUUCAUCGUCGAGAUCCACUGAAGUUAGCCGACCAAGUUAGCUUGACACUUGACCGUCAGUUUUUUAUCUCGCUGGAUCAAUCCGCCAAUGUUCGGAAAGAUUAUUCUAAUAAACUUUAAUACACUAAGGGCAGAGAUUGUGUGAAAAUACGAUGGAUAUUGUGUACAGUUAUUUUCACUGUCAAGGUGUUGCCAAGUGUUGUUGCUUAUUGAGCAUUUGGCUGUAGACUUUAUAACAACUGGCCUACUUUUACCAAAUCAAAGUCGUAUCUGAGGCUACAAUUCAGCCUAAAACCCAUUUUGGUAUUGAACGACGAAGAAAGGAAGAGAAAACAGGUCAAAGAACAGCGUUAACCAGAAGAAAAGUUCGUCAGGUGACUUUUGGUGAAACUUGAAACCUAAAAGGAAUCAUGAACAAAGACCUAAAGGAGAAUUUAAGUCUUACACACUAUCCUGGCCUUGUAUUUUCAGUUUCUGGCUGAAAAAUCAAGUGAAUGAAUGGUCAGGUCGAGAAAUAAGUGUCAAAAUCCUUCUACGUUUCUAGACAAUGUUUCUUGAAAGUCCUUAGUCGUAGUUCGAGAAAAAAUUUGGUCCAUUUUUACGUCGUAGAAUCCAUCAAACUUAGUCAAAAAUUGGAAGUAAAAUUUUGUCGCACGGAGAUUUGUGACCUUUGUGAAGAGGAUAUUGUUGUGUCACAGUUUGUCCAGAUUUUUCCACCAAGAAAAGCAGGUCGAAAUAUUUCACUCCGAAUUGACAUUUGAAAAUAUAAUGACACAUUGGUAAGAGAACAAGGAAAGACUGUUUGUGUGCCAACAAUUUGCUAGGUCACAAACCGCUGGAGACAUUUCUGUUGGGUAUAAGAGCUUGCUACAAAGGGAUGAGGCAUUCCGUGUUCGUGAAUUAGAUCUAGCAAUGGCACUUAUGCAUGCUGUCAAACAAGGACAUGUAAAAGAUGUGAAAGAUCUUGUUAGCAAUGGAGAAAUUUUAACUGUUAAUACAACGGAGAGUGGGACAACCCCGCUGAUAGAAGCAUGCAAAUUUGAUGACCAGGAAAUUGCGAGAAAGAUGGUGAAGCUGUUGUUAAAGCACGGGGCUAAAGUAGGACAUAGGGACAAGAUGGGACGAAAUGCUCUACACUGGGCUUCACUGAAGGGCCACAAACAAAUAAUGAACAUGCUUACAAGCACACAAGCAAGCAUCGACAUUAAAAUCACAGAUGCUAAAGGAAAUUCAAUUUUGUUUUACGCAGUGCAAACGGGAAAUUGCAGUUUUGUGAGGUACAUUUGUAGGCUGUAUAAGUUAAAAUGCGUCAAAGACGGAGGUAAAAACAAAAAUGGGAUUUCUGCAGCCGAACUUGCUUUGCAAUUAGGACAUAAAAAAUGUUCCAUGAUGUGCAGUGAAGUGACGAGAAAGAUCGAUAGAGGGCCUGUUUUAGAGGGCGAUUCUUUUGCAGCAAAAGCUGCCUUUUUCAGUGACCUUAACCAACGAGUGACACUGCCUCCGAUAGCCCAAGGACGCGAUACAAAAUCAUACAAACCAGGUGAAGUUAUCCCAAGAUUGAAGAAAAUGAACAAGGGAAAUCGAGGAUUGCUAGAUGAUCGUAACUUUCAUCCGGAGGUUAGACGAGAAUCCGCUUUCUCAGAUGAAAUAAUCGGAAAGAUUGACUAUAAAUUUGUGCUGAGCGACUUGAACUACAUCCAUGCAGUCGAGAGCACUUCUUCGUACAGACCUGGGGUUGACGAGAGUGAAAGAAUGGAACGGAUCAAGAACGCUGUACAAAAUGUCUCAGUCGUGAGGAACUUUCCGUCAAAUCUUCCUGCAAGCAGUGGCUAUGAAAGUGUUAUGAAUAAGAGCAAACGGACUAGAAACUUAAAGGAUGGAACUUCAAGUAUAAUGAGCAAUCAAGGGAAGUCGAAGAAAGUUGUUAAGAUUAGAGACAGCUACACAAAAUAAGCAUUAUUUCGAACUAGAGGUUAUUAGUUAGCGUAUGUAGUUCAUUAGGUCCAUGUAAUACCCUUUAGGAUCAGAUCAGGUUCAAAAUAACUGACUCGGUGCAGCAAAGGGGUGUAGCGGUAUAAAAAGAACUCGCGAAGAAUUUCUCAGAAAAAUAGCAAAAAGUAGAAGUACCACGUUAAGAGGUUAUCAUUGGGUGCUCAAAGCACGUGAAUUCCCAGACUUUACGCUCCUUGGUUAAGCGGAGCAUAUUGAUUUGGAAGGGAGUCGAAAUGCUUUUUAUAUGAAAGUAAAUUUCAGUGGAUGGUUAGGUGUAUUAUUUAGGGAGAGUGAAACCUCAGGAGCUGAACACCGUCUCUGCAGCCCAAGAUCACCCCUUGUCCCUUUAACAAGCCUGAAGUACAGAAAAUCACCCGCAAAAUACCUGUUUAAGAAGAUAUGGUUGAAAAGUUAAAAGAUUUAUGGUCCCCUCCGCUUGAAAGUUUAUAAGAACCUUUAAUUUUUUUUGGAGGACCCCAGCUUUGAAACCUUAAGUCCAAAUCCAAACAUGUCGGAGGCAUGGCUCCAAUGGUUUAUUUAUUACUUCAUUUGUAUGUGUAAGCCCAAGGCAUAGACAUUUAGAGACGUUUUGUUGUUGUUUUAUAUGUUACGAUUAUUGUAAAAAGUCCUAGUGUGUUUUUAGAUCCCAUUGCUCAUCACAAACUCUUGUCGAAGCCUGGCAGAUGAUAGCAGAGUCCCUGUCAUCAAAAGUUGAUAGUGAUCGUUUCUAGAGACAUGAUUUUUUGCCACAAUCAUUCGUAGAGUAAUAUAUGUUACUUACCAGAAGAUAGGGCGACCGUAAAUCUUCGAUAUAAAUUCUCAAUGCACUUAAAUAAAGCUGUUAUCCCCAAGGCCCCGUAAACGCCAUCUUUGAUACUCGCCAAUAAUGAAUUCUUUCGCAGACGAGAGGCUGGCUUAUUCAAACCUUUGACAAGGGAAGAUAGGCGACACAAGUGGGACCACAGCCGAUGCAAAGAGUAAUGUACGUAGAGAAGGGACAGAAAGGGGGCUCAAUUUUCCCUGUCUUCUCUCCCCAUUGCCUUUGGCUUUGAUGAGCAGGGCUAUCAAAUAGGCUACCUGUGACUUAUAUUAGAUGUAAGCAUUUUGUAAGCAAUGUCUGUUUAACUUAAAUCUGCAAGAUUGUUCAUGUUAAUCAUGUCCCACUAAGAGCAGUUAAACAUUUUUUCUUUGCCCUUCUCAUUCAUAUUGGAUAAUAAUAUUAAAUCCCAUGAUGCUGUUGCAUUAGUAAAAAUGUCUUGGCAAAGACUUGAACAAUUGGUUUUUUUUGUAUAUUACCAUUUUAUUUUUACUGCUGUAUAUUUCAAUCUUAGAUACUGAAAACUG